AAUACACAUAGAGGAAAUAGGUUCACUUUCACUAUUUGCAAAUCUGAUUUGCCCCUGGUUUAUGUGACCUGCAUAUAGAGGUUGUAUUCAAUGCUUGAUUCAACACAAGUUUUGAUUUCCAAGGUUUACAGCUUCAUAACGUUGUUGUUGUUGUGUAUGAGAUGGUGAGCAGAGGCUCCCACAACCUCUACACUUCUAGAUUCCACACUAGAAAACUGUCUCCUAGCAUCAUCACUUUCUACACCAUUUUGAUUUUCGGUUUCUCCAUCUUCGUCUUCUUCUUCUACGUCAGGAACACUAUCAUCGAUGAAGAUCAACCGCACCCUCUGCUUUCUCAACAAUCUCUAUCUCACCAGGUUCCAGAGCUACCUAUGUAUGAUGAGAAACUUUGGGAUCCUCCUUUCAGUCAUGGCUUACACCAGUGUGUCAAACCGACUGCUAGAUAUAAAGGUGCCCAAGGAGUUGAUCGCUAUCUGACUGUGAGAAGUAAUGGUGGACUAAAUCAAAUGCGAACUGGUAUAUCAGACAUGGUGGCAGUGGCACAUAUAAUGAAUGCAACUUUAGUCAUUCCUCAAUUGGAUAAACGUUCAUUCUGGCAAGACUCAAGUGUAUUUUCAGAUAUAUUUGAUGAGCUUCAUUUCAUUGAGUCCCUGAAAGGAGAUAUCAAGAUUGUGAGGGAACUUCCCAAGAACUUGGAAGGUGCCCCCCGGGCCAGGAAACAUUUCACUUCCUGGGCUGGAGUUGGUUACUAUGAAGAAGUGGCAAGGUUAUGGAACGACUAUCAGGUGAUACAUGUUGCAAAAUCAGAUUCUCGACUUGCAAACAAUGAUCUUCCUCUGGACAUCCAGAGACUGAGAUGCCGUGCAAUGUAUCAGGCACUCCGAUUUUCUCCUCCUAUUGAGGAUCUAGGAAAGAGGUUGGUGGAUCGGUUGAGAUCACGCUGGGGAAGAUACAUCGCUCUCCAUCUCAGAUAUGAGAAAGAUAUGCUGUCUUUUACUGGCUGUGCAUAUGGUCUGACGGAUGCAGAAUCUGAAGAGCUGAGAGUUUUGAGGGAGAGUACAAAUUAUUGGAAAGUGAAAAAGAUAAAUGCAACAGAACAGAGAAUUGGAGGAUUUUGUCCGUUGACUCCAAAGGAGGUGGGUGUUUUUCUUCUAGCUCUCGGGUUUCCUCCAUCAACACCAAUAUACAUUGCAGCGGGGGAGAUCUAUGGUGGUAACACUCAUCUUUCGGAGCUCUCCUCCCGUUUCCCUAAUCUAGUCUUUAAGGAACACCUUGCAACUCCUGAAGAGCUGAAAGCUUUCACCAAUCAUGCAUCUCAAAAUGCUGCAGUUGAUUACAUAAUCUCUAUUGAGAGCGAUGUAUUUGUUCCGUCAUAUUCAGGAAAUAUGGCAAGGGCUGUUGAGGGACACCGCAGAUUCUUAGGUCACCGCAAGACAAUUAACCCAGACAGGAAAGGACUUGUUGAAAUUUUUGAUAGGCUGGAAACUGGAGACCUAAAAGAAGGAGAGCCACUGUCACAUCUGGUGCAGCAGAUGCACAAGAACAGGGAAGGAGCUCCAAGGAAAAGACAAGGCUCCCCACCAGGAAUUAAAGGGCGAGCACGGUUUAGGACUGAAGAAUCCUUUUACGAAGAUCCAUACCCUGAGUGUAUAUGUGGCUCUAGAAGCAAACUAGAAAGAACAUGAAGAGAAACCACACUGCAGUUCCAGUUCUCAUCACCCUUAAUGGAUAAAUUUCAUAUGAUCUUUAUCAUAUGAAUUUUUUAAAUCCAACUCUCCUCACUAGCAUUAAACCAGUGGUUAUUGAUAUUUUAUGAAGAGGGAGAUAGAUCCAAAAUUUUACAGGACGUGAUCAUGAAACAAGUUUACAUGAGGCUAUGAGAGGAUUUAUACCCGCCAUUUGGUCACGGGCACAGGCAUAUGAAGUUGGCAGCUUAGCUCCUUAGCUGAACUCUAACAAUUCUCUUUGACACAAUUUCUUGCAUCAUAAAACUUAAGAAACAUUUUAGUAUUUUACUUUGUUUUUUUUUUUGGAUUGUACAUGAUUAUUAUUUAUAUUACAUUAUAUUUUAAUUCAUGUAUAGAGUACACUUUUUCCUGUUAUGCAUAAUAAACAGUAGUCCCCAGGUGAGGUUAAAACAGAA